UCUGGUCUCUGCAUCUUCACACCGGGCACCGCCAUCUUGGCAUUUAAGUAUUCCUGUACCCUGUGACAGAAGUGGCACAUAUACAGAAACAAGUCUAUAUUUUAUUGUCUGUGAAGGAAGUGCUUGCUUUUUGAGCAAUGAACACAGACUUUGUGAUACUCCCCGCUGCAAAAAGUGGAAACUCUGUCAAAUUAAAAGGAAAGAAGGUAAAAGAGCGUCACAUAGAAACAAUUGAGCUGGAGAAGCAGAAUCAGGAGAUGGAACAAAAGUUAAACCAACUACGGCAGAGCAUGAGUAGAGAGAAAGAAGAACGCGAGAGAUCAAAUGGAUAUUAUUGGAAAUCUGGCCAAGUUGGACAUUUUGGUAGUCAAAAUAAAGAAAACAUUGGAAAGAUAUCUUCUGGAAGAAUAAAGUUGAAAGUCCUUAAAGACCAGAUAGAAAAAACAGAGAAAAAGAAAGUAGUUGCUACAUCUACCAAGAUCCCAUCUGCCGAAAGAACUAAAAUAAAAGGAAAAACUUGUGGACAAUGUGAAAUGAAGACUGCUUUGCUGAUGUGCGUGGAGUGUGGAGAAGAUUAUUGUCCUUCAUGUUUUGCUAAAAUUCCCCAGAAGGGGGCAUUGAAGCUACACAGAACUAUGCCUGUCAAGUGGAAGUCUCUGACUGACAAAUUAGAUGCUUCAUAUCAACCGAAAAAAGAACAGAAUUUUGAUGAAUCAAGAGAAAAGCUUGGUGCAGACAAAGAGAUCAGUAGCAACAUGGUCUCAACUGCUACCUUUUCGUCUAUUCAGAAGCAGAAAAUCAAUGAGGCAGACUUUUUUGUGCCAACUAAACCUGUGGUGAACAAUGGCCAGUCAUUACUUCAUGGGACAUUUGAUGAAGAAGAAUCUUCAAAGUCUUUUAAAGAUGCCGUGCUAGAAUGGAGAAAUGGUUAUCAUGGUUACCAAUCAAAACAGUCUGAAUCUGAAACAGACUGCACUGGAAAUUCAGAAACUCAAACAGUCCUGACAGGGGCUACAAAUUCAUUUGAAGUGGAAUUUAAAGACAAUGGCCUCAAAUACAUGGAGAGACUAAUGCUUAAAAAACACAGAAGAACUCCUAUUGAUUAUGUUACCAAGACUGAUAACUACAGAUCUUCUCGCACCUCAGUCCCUGAAUUCAAUGAUACACAGGCCCUGACAGCUGAUGAAAUGGAAGACCAUGAAUAUUUUGUAGAGUUGUUCAAGCCAAAAGAAGAUGUCAGAACGGAAGUGAUACAUGAACCAGCUUUAAAGAUUAUGGAAUUAGUUGAGCCUCCAGAAGAUCACCUAGAAGAAUCUAGAAGUUUUUUUGGUAUCAGAUCUGACACUUCACCAGUCCGAACAACUGCUAAGAGAAAAAACAUUCCACAGCAUUCAACUUUUUCUGUUACUAGAGAAAAUGCAGCCCUUGCUGAAGAUGUCACUGCAAUAAAUGUAGAAAAGGAAGAAGAUCAACUUCUUACAACAUCACGGUUGAUGGACAGCAAAUCAAUGAAAUACAAUGGCUCUAAUGACAACCACAGUUUGGAUACAGCUGGAGUUGUAAAUUUGUCCAAGGAACUUCAGAGCAUUGCUCUUAGAGGAGAAAGUGCAGCUGUGCAAUAUUAUGGUCUUAAAGGGUUUUUUGUCUUGGAUGUGGACCCAAAGGAAACAAUCCAUGAUCGUACACCCUUACAAACCAUUAAACAAACUGCAACUGAUGAGAUCUUCUGCAGAGAUGGCAACCGAUGGAGGCCGGAAAGUAAUUUAAGUGAAUGUGCAGAUAAGUCAGUUGUUGAUAACAUAGUAACAAAUAUUCAAAUUCAAUAUCCAAAGCAUUUAGUAGAGCACAUGUCUAGCCCUAUGCAAGCUAAUCAGAGAAUGCAAAAGCCACUAACAGUGAGUCAAUCACCAAGAUCUUAUUCAUCCAAAACACGUUCCCAGAAGAGGUCAGAAUUGUGCCAAAUUUCACAUACCAGGAACGUCAUAACACGACCAGUAUCAAGAGCAGCAAGUGAGAUUUCAGAAAUAGAGUCCAUUGACUUAACAGAGCAAGAUGACCCAUUAUUUGAAGAUCAUGAAGAAAGAAAAACAUUGUCCAUCCUAGAAAAAGAGUUGCAUGCAUUAAGAGAUGACUUGGAUAAAAAUAAAAAACAGCCUCAGGAGCUUGUUUCAUCUGUCAGGUCCAGCAAAACAUUUACAGAAUUUAGUCAAAAGAAACAAGUAAAGGAACACACAAACACAGAUUGGUUACCCAAGCGUGCUAUGGAAUCUCUGCAAAGCUGCGACGUAGAAACGGAAUCAGAUGAUGAUAAAGAGAGUCUGCAUGAUAAACUUAAUGUGUUGUCUCUGCAAUAG